AUGUUAAGCUGGUUUUUCGAGCCGAUUUUGACAAAGCUAGCGGAGUUAUUUAUGUCAAAGUUGGUGGAACAAACGGCAGAUAAUGCACACAAUAACGUGAAUAGUAUAAAGGACUUUGAGCUCAAUCUAAAAGCUCUGCAGAAAAACUUGAAGACAUUGGGUGCUAAGGCAUAUGAUGUGGAGGAGGAAAUCAAGAACUCAGAGCGUUCUGGUCGAAAGAAAAGAAAGCGUGAAGUUGAGGAGUGGUUGGAAGAAGUCAGGUCCAUCGAAAAGCAAGUUGUUGAUUUGGGGACUCAAGUGGAAUCCGAAGGAUUCAUUAUGAGACUGAUGGAUGGAGGAUUACCUGCUAAACUAAAUGAUGAGGUUGACAGGCUUAUUGAGCAAAGUCGGAAUUUUGGUGAACUUGUCCUUGAUGUUUGUGGAAGUAGGGGAGAGAAGUUGUUGACAAAUGGGAUGGUUGGUGAAGCGUUUAAUGAAAAUUUGGAAAUGAUUUUGACACUUUUGGAGAGUCGGAAAGUGUCGAGCAUUAGUGUUUGCGGUAUGGGUGGUGUGGGCAAAACGACACUGGCAAAGCACAUUCGCAAUCGACUCCUCCAUCAUUCUCGGGGACAUGUGAUUUGGGUUACAAUCUCUCAAGAAUUUAGUGUUUCGACUGUACAAGAUAAAAUAGCCAGUUUAAUAGGUGCGGACAUUGUGGGUGAGGAUAAUGAAGACAUAAGGGCAGGGAGACUCCAUACAACUUUGUCUCAGAUGAAGAAUUCAGUGCUGAUAUUAGAUGAUGUGUGGGAAAAUAUUGAUCUGUUAAAGGUUGGAUGGCCCUUUUCGGUCAAGUGUUGUAGGUUGAUUAUAACAACUCGCUCCUUAGAAGUGUGUCGUCAAAUUUCUUGCCAAAAAGUGAUUCAAGUGAAAAAUCUACAUCAUCAUGAGACAUGGGAAUUGUUCCAUGAAACGCUAAGAAAUGAGAUAGAACUUGAUUCUUCAGCAGAAAAAAUUGCCAGAUCUGUGGCAGAAUUGUGUGGUGGUCUGCCCCUAGCAAUUGUUAUAGUGGCUGGAAGCAUGAGGGGCGACAGAGCCAUCCAUACAUGGAGAGAUGCUUAUGCAGAACUAACAGAACGUGUCUCAGGGAAUAAUGGCAUAGGAGACGGUGAUGUUUAUAAAUUAUUGAAAUAUAGUUUUGAUCGGUUGAAUAGAAAUCAUCAUAGUCAGAGUAAUGAAUUCAAUACAUUACAACAUUGUUUCCUGCAUUGUGCAUUAUAUCCUGAAGAUGAAGAAAUACUGAAAGAUCGUUUGGUUAAAGAUUUCAUUUCAGGAGGGUUGGUGGAUGAAAGAAAGACGAGGAGAGCGCAAGUUGAGCAAGGACAUUCCAUAUUGGAUAAAUUAGUGAAUGUUUGCUUAUUGGAAAGGUGUGUUGUUCCUGAUAUGUUUGGUCCCACGGAAUGCGUGAAGAUGCAUGAUCUUGUAAGAGGUAUGGCAUUGAAGAUAUGUGAGGGGAAACAUAUGGUAAGAGCAAGUGUUGAGAAGGAAAUUCCCAAAGAAAUAGAAUGGGCAAAGGAUCUGGAGAGGGUGUCCUUAAUGUACAAUGGCAUAAGGAGAAUUGAUGAAGGAAUAUCUCCUGAUUGUCCUAAGCUCUCAACAUUACUUUUAUUCGGUAAUUAUUGGUUGGAGUUUAUCCCAGAUUCGUUCUUUUCUAACAUGCACGUACUACAGACUCUUGAUUUUAGCUACUGCGCUAACAUAACGAUGUUGCCAAAGUCAGUCUGUGCGCUAAAGUGCCUCAAGGCAUUGCUCCUUAGGUCGUGUUUUAAGCUAGAAAAUGUGCCGUACUUGGGAGAGAUGAAAGAACUCAGGGAGUUAGACUUCUCGAAAACAGCCAUCAAGGAAGUCCCUAGAGGAGUUGAGGAAUUAUUCAGUCUCAAGUUCCUCGCAAUGGAUGUGUGUAAAUUGAAGACACUUCCAAGAGGUUUAUUUCUUAAACUUGGGAAUCUUCAGCACUUAGAAUUACCAUUCCAUAUACAAGUAGUAAUUGAAGAAAUUGAGAAUCUGAAACUGCUAGAGGAGUUUAGUGGAAGAGUGAAAAAUGUGAAUGAUUUUAAUACUUUUAUUACAAGUUUGGGAAGUCGGGUGCAUGACACUUGCUACACAAUCGCAGUGGGGUCGUAUGAUAAAAGUUUCCAAGCAAUAAGAGGAGUAUGUUAUAUUAAAGAGUUGUUCCUUUCCGAAUGCAACCUUAAAGAUGAGAGAGUAUUAGCAGAGGGAAUUGUGGAGCUAACAAUUAGUAAAUGUGAGGGUCUGAGCAUUUGCUUUGUGGAUGGAUUGAAGAGAUUGAAAAUUCAAUUUUGUGGAGGAAUGGAGUACAUUUUGAAGAGUGAGGCAGGAUUAUCAUCUCAAAUGUCUGAUCUUGAAGAAAUUGUACUGUAUGGGUUGGAUGAUAUGAAGGGGUUGAUCGAAAAGGGGGAAAUAGGAGCAUCAGCUGCACUUACACAACCUGUGUUUUCCUCUCUGACAAAGCUAAGAAUUGACAAGUGUAAUAAAAACAAGAUGAGGAUACCAAUAUCAGGGGUUCCCAACCUCGAAGAUAUUGAUAUGAAAGAGUGUGAAGAAAUAGAAGAGAUAUUCGAAGAUGGAGGAACAAGUUCCCUCACCCUGCCUAAAUUAAAAACCUUAUGGUUAGAUGAGCUGCCAAGACUGAGGAAGGUGGGGAUACUCCUAUCAGGAGUUCCCAACCUUAAAACUAUUCAUGUGAGUAACUGUGGAGAAAUAGAAGAUGUGUUCGAUGAUGAAGGGAAACGUUCCCUCGUCCUCCCCAAAUUACAUCAGUUGUGUUUAGAAGAGCUUCCGAAACUGAAGAGCCUAUGCAAGGGAACAACCAUCAUUUGCAACUCCAUUGAAUUUGUCUCCAUAACAAAGUGCCCAAGAUUGAUGAAGAAACUUCCUGUGCUUGUUGAUUUGGCUGGGCCUCGACCCAUAAGAUAUUAUUGA